UAGCAAGCAGCUCUUGCUUAAACCCUAAACCCACUCUGAUAGGACAACAGCUCAGCUUCACCUCCGUUAGCUCAUUCCCCCUCCGUCCAUCCUCCCCUCCGGCCGGCGCACACAAAGCAGAGCAUCAGUUGCGACAGAAGCGGAGUGAAGGGGAUGGGAAUAUUCGAGCCAUUUAGAGCAAUCGGAUACAUAACCGGCGGCGUCCCUUUCUCCGUUCAACGGCUCGGCACCGAGACCUUUGUCACCGUCAGCGUCGGCAAGGCUUUCCAGAUUUACAAUUGCGCGAAGCUCACUUUGGUGCUUGCUGGUCCCCAGUUGCCAAAGAAAAUUCGAGCUCUUGCGUCCUAUCGGGAGUACACAUUUGCUGCUUAUGGAAAUGAAAUCGGCGUAUUCAAGCGCGCCCAUGAGGUGGCUACUUGGAGGAGGCAUAGUGCGAAGGUGAACCUGCUGCUCUUGUUUGGGGAGCAUAUCCUGAGCAUCGAUGUCGAUGGUAAUCUGUUUGUCUGGGGAUUUAAAGGAAUCGAUGAGAAUCUUGCCCCUGUUGGACAUAUAAUGCUUGGUGAAAAUUUUACUCCUAGCUGUAUCAUGCACCCUGAUACUUACCUCAACAAGGUUAUCCUAGGGAGUCAACAAGGUUCUCUGCAGCUUUGGAAUAUAAGCACAAAGACUAAACUUUAUGAGUUCAAGGGAUGGAAAUCAUCUGUGACCAGUUGCGUGUCGUCACCUGCUCUGGAUGUUAUUGCAGUUGGUUGUGCUGAUGGAAAGAUUCAUGUUCACAACAUCCGCUAUGAUGAAGAAGUGAUUACUUUUUCACAUUCCAUGCGUGGAGCUGUUACUUCAUUAUCUUUCAGUACAGAUGGCCAGCCUCUUCUAGCUUCUGGGAGUUCAUCUGGUGUUGUGAGCAUAUGGAAUCUGGAGAAAAGAAGGCUCCAAUCAGUCAUAAAAGAUGCACAUGAUGGUUCAAUAAUUUCCCUCCACUUUAUGGCCAACGAACCUGUCCUAAUGAGUUCAUCUGCAGACAACUCAAUCAAAAUGUGGAUAUUUGACACAAGUGAUGGAGAUCCUCGUCUUCUACGCUUUCGGAGUGGUCACAGUGCUCCUCCUCUUUGCAUAAAGUUUUAUGCAAAUGGUAGACACAUUCUAUCUGCUGGUCAAGAUCGCGCCUUCCGUCUUUUCUCAGUUGUCCAGGAUCAACAAAGUCGAGAACUCUCUCAGCGCCAUGUAACUAAACGAGCCAAAAAGCUCAAGUUAAAGGAGGAAGAAAUAAAAUUGAAGCCUGUUAUAGCAUUUGAUGUUGCUGAAAUCAGGGAACGAGAUUGGUGCAAUGUCGUCACAUGUCAUAUGGAUACUGCACAGGCUUAUGUUUGGAGGCUUCAAAAUUUUGUCCUUGGAGAGCACAUUCUGAGACCAUGCCCAGAUAACCCUACGCCUGUUAAGGCAUGUGCAAUUAGUGCGUGUGGCAAUUUUGCAAUUUUAGGCACAUCAGGUGGUUGGAUUGAGCGCUUCAACUUGCAAUCAGGUUUCAGCAGAGGCACCUAUGUUGACAGCUCAGAAGGUAGAAACUGUGCCCAUAAUGAUCAGGUGGUCGGAGUUGCAUGUGAUUCAACCAACACCCUUAUGAUCAGUGCGGGAUAUCAUGGAGACAUAAAGGUUUGGGAUUUCAAGGGACGUGAUGUGAAGUCCAGAUGGGAAAUUGGUUGUUCUUUGGUCAAAAUAGUUUAUCAUCGCCUGAAUGGUCUUCUAGCUACAGUUGCGGACGACUUCGUCAUACGUGUAUUCGAUGUUGUGGCAUCAAGAAUGGUUCGUAAAUUCGAAGGUCACACAGACCGUGUGACAGAUUUAUGUUUCAGUGAAGAUGGGAAAUGGCUUUUGUCUUCAAGUAUGGAUGGGAGUCUAAGAAUUUGGGACAUCAUCUUAGCUCGACAAAUAGAUGCUAUAUAUGUUGAUGUUUCCAUCACGGCACUGUCUCUAUCACCGACUAUGGAUGUCCUGGCGACGGCACAUGUUGAUCAGAAUGGAGUCUAUCUCUGGGUCAACCAGUCAAUGUUUUCCGGAACCUCCGAAGUUCAAUCUUAUGCGAGUGGAAAAGAAGUCGUGAGCGUUAAGUUACCAUCUAUAUCUUCGAGAGGAGAAGAUUCACACCUCGAGGAAGAUAACGUGCCUGCUCUAGAUCAUGCAGAGUCUGAAAAUGCCCCUUUCAGGCCUUUGCCUCAGCAGAUGCCUGAUUUAGUUACACUGUCAUUACUCCCGAAAAGCCAGUGGCAAAGCCUGAUUAACUUAGACAUUAUAAAGGCUCGCAAUAAGCCCAUUGAGCCUCCGAAGAAACCCGAAAAGGCACCUUUCUUUUUGCCAUCCAUCCCGUCUCUCUCUGGGGAAAUACAGUUCAAACCUAGUGAGGCAGCUAACAAGGAGGAAACAACUGGUGAUGUAAACAAAACUCUUCCGAGGAGAGUUGAUGAAUCUGCGUCCCAGUUCUUGCAACUUCUCCAGUCAUCUGCAGAGACCAAGAACUUCUCAUCAUUCACAGACUACAUCAAAGGUCUGUCUCCCUCAGCUUUGGAUAUGGAGCUCCGGAUGCUUCAGAUUAUAGAUGACGAGGAGCAGCAGGAUGCUGGUAGCCGAGAGGAGCUGGCUUCACUUGAAUUACUUCUUGAUUACUUCAUCCACGAAAUCUCCUUCAGGAAUAACUUUGACUUCAUACAAGCCCUUGUCAGACUGUUUCUGAAGAUACAUGGGGAAACUAUCAGACGGCAGUCAAAACUGCAAAAUAAGGCGAGAGAACUUCUAGAGGUUCAAUGCGGUGUGUGGCAGAGAGUGGAUAAAUUGUUCCAGGGAGCGAGGUGCAUGCUCACUUUCCUCAGCAAUGGACAAUUUUAGGCGCCAGAGGAUUUCGAUGAGCUCGUUUCCUCAAGUAAGAAAAAAUUUUGACCGGUAAUUCGGAAUAUUCUUUCGCAAUGGGCUUAAUAGUUUACAUAGUUGUAAGUGUUAGAUUAUGUUUCUUUACCAACCUACAAUCCCGAGUUCGGUUACUGGGCUUAUAUGUAUCUUGAUCCACAUAUCCUGUAUUGGUUCGACAUUCGGUUACUGAGUUUGUUCUGUUUCUCCGAGGCUGAAAUGGACAAUAUUUGGGAGCAGAGUGACAUUUAUUUUCGUCUUUAUGCUGUAACAGGAGUAAUUUUCAGAAUCAGUAAAUAUUGUCUCUCUAAUGGUGAAUUCUUCCUCUUGCGAUUGGAUUCUAUU